CUGAAAUAAAAUGAAGAGAAAGAGUUUAAAAACUCAGAUGAAACUUGCUAAGAAAAAAUUCGAUUUUAGUAAACUCUUCGUCGUCCAACAAGAUGCUAAGUAAGAAAAUAGUUCUUUCAUCAUGACCACUCUGGAUAGGGUAAUGUUCAGAAAAAUCGACCGGAACUAAGAAGAAACUCAAAAAGGACCUUUCAGACUCUCACCAUAAGGUGUACAUGCAUCUAAUGCAUAACAAGAGAGUGCAGAUGAUGAACAACAAAGAUAAAUUUAUCGAAAAGCCUGCUGUUCAGGUCAAGGACUUCAGGAAUACACUUCCAAGCUACUCGAACCACAUUGCACCAGAAGCUUCUUCAAAUUAAGAAAGAAGUAGGGAAAUUUAACAGUCAGAAUAUUUAUGGAAAAAUGUAUAAACAAAUGCUACACACAAGUCCUACCAUCCGACUUGAGAGGGCCAAGCCUAAAAGUAUGGUCCAAAGGAACCGGAAGGCAGAGUCUAGCCUUAAAUAUACCAGUAUCAAGACUUUAUGAGGAGAUACUCAAACUGAUCUUGACUCUAUUUCAACCAUUAAAACUCCUCGGUGAAUAUUCAGCCAGACAAAGAUAAGAAAGAGCCGAUUCCAGAAAUAAGCUCGCUUGCUAUGAAUACGUCAGAGAUAAAAGGGAGUACCAACCAAGCCUGCCACCUCGGAAGCACUGGAAUAAACUUCGAAGGGAGAAGAAGUCAGUAAAUUCUCCUUCAACAAUUUUCCGGGUCGUCAAGAACCAUAAACCAUUCAGUUUUGAUGGAACUGUUUCAUUGAAUCCUCGACUUGUCCUCGAAACACCCAAGAAAGAUUAUAAAGACCCAGAUUAUAAUUUUUGAGAUGUAAAGCCUAGGUUUCCUAGCACUAAAGACCAACAUCCCUCACUUAAAUCAAAUUCCAAAAGGCCAAGCACUGUGAUUACAAGCUCUAGACAACCUCUGAUCAAUGAAAACUCUGUUCUGCAUCGUGAUUUCUUGAAAUUUCUGUCUGAUAAUAACAUCAAAGUGACUCAUUCCAGUCCUCCAAAAGUGACCUCUGCUACUAGCUCACCGAGAGUUUGUUCUCAAAGGUAAUAUUUAA